UUGGUUGUUUUUUUUUAUCGUCAGUUCGCGCUGGUUUCGUCAUAGAUAAGUUCUUUUUUUUAUUUUCCCCGAUCGCCGAAAGUAUUUUAUAAUGGAAGGAAUUCAAUAUUUAAUUAUCGAUACAGGUAACAUUAUGACUUUAAAAGACUUACAAAGAAAAACAACUCAAACUCCAACAGAUGAGUUGGUGGAAAGUUCUGCUUACACGCUGAAAGAAUGGUUGAAUUGUUCACCACCCAAUAAAACAAAUGUGCUCGAAUGUGUAAAUAAAACUAAAAUUAACCAGGACGAUAGGCAAAAUUUAAAAUUAACAGUUAAAAUAUUUUUAUCCGAGAGCAAACCGAACCUUCUGAUCAAUGCCGUGGAAAGGACAAUGUCUCACCUAGGAGUUGACUUAAUAGAUUCGUUAAUAGUAUCUGUCGAAAAUACUCAGAUAACUCUAGGUCAGAUUCAACCAUUAUGGAUUGCAUUAGAAGAAAUGGUUAUGAAAGAAAAACUAGUCACGAUAGGUUUUAGCGAUUUGGAUACGAAUCUCUUGCGUCAUCUGUACGAGUGGGCGAAAAUAAAGCCUAGCGUAAAUCAAGUCAACCUAGAAUCCUGUUGCGUGAUGCCUCCGGAGAUGAUUCAAUUUGCUAAAGAGAAUGACAUUCAACUCCUCACACACAGCGAUCCUAAAGAUAUUCUUCCUCACGACAUGAUUCUGAAGAUUUUUAAGGAAACGACGCAUGACAUCGAUCCCAAAUCCUGGGGCAUGCAGUGGAUCACGCGUUAUUCAGUAAUGGUUAAAGGAAGAGGGAUCAUACAGAGCAAAGGAUUCAUACUGUGCUUAUCUAAAAUAACAUGAAAAUGUCCUCACGUAAUUUGUAUAUAUUGAAGCAAUUUAACCAAGAUUCUAAAACUGUAGAUGUUUUCAAUUAAAGUUAUAAAGAUGUAAAUAUAUUAAAUUAUUUAAAA